CUCUGCUCGGAAUCGAAGUACAAAUAAUUCUCACAGCGAAAACCACCCCCACCACCUCAUGGCGGAGAAACCUAAUCACGAGGCCAAAAAUGCUGCUCCGGCGGCGGCGGCGGCGGCGGCGACUUCAACCAGCGACAAUAUCCACUUGGAUACGAGCAAGGCGGAGCGGCACGUGUGGCUGAUGAAAUGCCCUCCUGUCGUCUCACGCGCCAUGCAGAACAACCAGCACCAGCCUCCGCCGCCGUUCUCCUCCGACGCCGAGGCCGGACAGAUCGUCGGCAAGGUUAUCGUAUCCAUCGAUCCGCUACUCCCUAACGACGACGGUUCCUCCACCCAGUUUACAAUGGAGUUAGCCGGGAAUGCAAACAGUAACAUGCCAAGGCGCUACUCGAUGGACAUGUCCACGGAUUUUGUUCCUAUGUCUGUUCUUUCGGUGGUACCCCAAGGGAAACCUUCGGUGGAGGGAAAAAUCUACCAUAAAUUCGACAUGAAGCCUCACAAUGAGAAUAUUGAUGACUAUGCAAAACUCUGCAGAGAGAGGACAAAUAAAUAUUCGACUAAAACUAGACAAAUAAAGAUCAUUGAUAACGAUAGUGGAAUGCGAAUGAGGCCCAUGCCUGGAAUGUUUGAUAUGAAGUCCUCUGUAGCAGUGGAAAAGAAAGCUCCAGCAAAGGGAUCAGAAACGAAACGAACAAGACGAGACCCUGAAGAAAUGGAGAAGAUCAUGUUUAAGCUCUUUGAGCAACAACCAAAUUGGACACUGAAACAACUGGUUCAGAAGACCGAUCAGCCUGAGCAAUUUCUUAAAGAUAUGCUGAAGCUUCUGUGUGUAUACAACAACAAGGGAGCCAACCAAGGAUCGUAUGAGCUGAAACCUGAAUAUCGAAGAUCAGAGGACAAACCAGAUACAUAGUAUAUAAUUCAAGAUUUUGAAGAUAAUUUUUUUUUUUGCUGGAAAUAGUUCGUCGUCGCACAGCAUUAACCACUUAACUCGAGAAUUUAGUGUUUUUUUUUUCUUUUUUUUUUUUGAUUAGUGAUCUAGUAAUACUAUGUUUGAUGGAAUUAAAGGCAUGUUUACUUUGUGGUAUUAGGUUGGAUAGUGGAUAUAUUAGUUUACCCAACUCAAUACCGUGUUGACUCGUUCGUUAAUAUACGUGCCCACUAGUAAACACCACUUUUGCUGACUUAUUUUGCUGCUAAACUAACACAAUUUGGGUCUUAUUUAAUUGCUCUUCACU